CGAUCUCCAUUCCAACUCCACCGACCCAUCGCAGCUGCUGUCUGCCGCUCUUUGAGCGCCCCGCCGUCAGGAUGCCUCCCUCAAUGCCUGCCCCGUCCAUUCGCAUACCGAUAGAGCUGCUCACUCCUACAGCCUUUGCGCAGUUUGGUACUGUCAUCGAGAAUCCCUCAACAUCGCCGUCAGCAAAGCUACCCAUUCCAAACCGCGUACAGGCGCCCGAAGCAGUGUCCGCCAAUCAGGGCUCUGCAACAAAGUACCUCGAUGUCACCCACAUGUCAAAUCUGUAUACCCUUGCGCCCAGCAAAAAGCCGGCUCGAGCCGUCAUGAACAUGUUUGUUUGCUCACCACGCAACCUGCGCCCGCAUGAGCCGAGCAUGAGCAUGCCGAGCUCCUGGGGCGACUUGGACCUGGAUGAGGACGAGGACGGAAAUGACGACUGCCUCAAGCAGCUAUUGGACGUCUCUAUCCUCGAGCGACACCCUUUUACCACGCAAACGUUCAUACCUAUGGGUUUGGCGCAACACGACAGGCAUACACAAUAUCUUGUCAUAGUCGCACCAACUCUCCCUGCGAGCGCGUCGAAGUAUCGGACAGACAGGGCCCCGCCAUAUCCUGCGCCAGUUAUGAAGGGAAAUGGGAGUGUGUUCGACAUAUUCGGGCGAGCAAGACUCAGUCUCUUGAACGAGGGGACGUCCGCACAAAGUCACUCUUCACAUCUGCAUCCGUCUGCACGACCCAAAGGGCCCGGCCUUCCAGAUCUCAAGAAUGUCCGCGCUUUUGUUGCGAAUGGAGCUCAAGCUGUGACUUAUGGCGCCGGGACAUGGCACGCACCUAUGGUAGUCAUUGGAGACCGGCCAAUCGACUUUGUAGUUGUACAGUUCGCCAACGAUGUAGGUAAUGAGGACUGCCAAGAGAUAUUACUGAAGCCAGGUGAGACCGCUACAGAAGGCGUCGUGGUCACUAUCGACACCAAUGCAGCAGGCACCGUACAAGUCCGGGCUGGCGUUGGUUCUGUAAAAGCAAAGUUGUGAUGUAUUCAGGUGGUUAAUGUGGUGUUCUUUUACCAAUAAUGAGGGAUCGGUUUUCCCCGCGGGCUCUAAUGAUUUAUUUACUUACACGAAACCGAAUGGGAAAAGCGCAAUUGAUGAAAAUUACAUGUCAUUUUAUCACAGGUCGCAUAAUUCUGGGGGCAGUCUCAGAGGUUUGGAUGUAUAUGCAAAACUCGCGUUAUGUUAAUUACUCUAGAAGAAGUGUCACGUCCACUGAGCUAUCCAUUUCGC